AUGAACAAGUUGCUGGAAUAUGGGAGAAAAGCUAUGUUUUAUGUGAGAGUCCUUUCUGGGUAUGAAGAAAGGAGAAUCCGGAAUUACAGGUUGCAACUUGAAAAGCGUAUACAGCAGGCCCAACAAAAGAGAGCAGAGAUAAACAAACUACCAGAGCAGAUUAUAUUAUCUGAAGUCCGCCGUAUGGUUGACGAGAUGCAGAAUUUGAAUAAACAGAUGGAGGAUACGGAGGCUAAGAUUGAAGACUACUUCAAACCGAUAGACAAGCAUGCUGGUACCAUAAUGGAGAUUCAGCUCGAAAGUGAGAAGAAAACGAUGGGGACAAUGAUGACUGCAACACAACAGGAAACCAUAAGAAAGAUUGAAGAAGCUGAGAGACUUGCUCGGGAACGUGGAAAUGCAAACGUUGCUGCAGAUGCAAACACGGGAGAGGAGAUUCAGGAUUCAGAAUCCUCAGCUAGUAAAAAGACUCAAGCAAGGUAA